AUGUUAUUACCUAUCGUGAUCGCCUGCCUGGCGCUUCUGAAACCAUCAUUUGUGGCUGCUUCACCUUGUCCGUCUGACAAUGGCAUGACAGAUGAGGUUAGGACAGCUUUCGUCGAUUAACACAACUAUUAUCGUCGCUCAUAGCUAGUGGUGAAGCCAAGAACAAGAAUGGAGGAUUCGCUCCGAAAGCUGCCAGAAUGUUGAAAGUGAGCUACGAUUGCGACGUUGAAGUAAACGCGAUGGAAUGGUUGAAAACUUGCACGUUUGGUAAUAACAAUGUUGCGAACAGAAACCAAUGGAGGACUAACGUGCAUACGCUAUCGUUGACUAAUAACAAUACAGAGGCAGCAGCAGAGAGCGUCAAAGCCUGGUUCAACGAAUUGUAUACGAUCGGUGUACCUCGAACAAUGUAUUCACUCCGCAGCUCUACCAGCAGGGCUUGGGUGAAUACGCUCAGCUGGCCUGGCAGUCGAGCAACAAAAUUGGUUGUGCAGUAACAACGUGUUCCAAUUCUUACACAGCUGUGGCAUGUGAAUACAAUCCCGGGGGAGAUGCGGUCUUCACCACGAUUUAUGACAUAGGAGAUCCGUGCACAACCGACGAAGAUUGUCAAUGCGCUGGUUGCGUUUGUAGCAAAGAUGAGGCCCUUUGCAUUCCUCCUUCGACGAAGCUCACCGAAAUCAACAUUUCAGCUGAGUUUAUUGUUUGUCCUUCCGACAAUGGCAUGACAGAUGAAGUUAGAUGGAUGCUCGUCAAUACGCACAAUAAGCUCCGAACGCAGACUGCUCAAGGAAAGGCUAAGAAUGCGUUUGGUGGAUUUGCUCCGAAAGCAGCUCGAAUGUUAAAAGUGGAAAGGCAUGAUAAUUCUUUAUCAUAA